UCACUAUUUUCGCCAGAGGGGGUGGUGAGUUUUGAGGAUCACGACAUCUAGAUUACUAUUUUAACCGAAGCGAUAAGCUCCCGAGCGUGCCGAGUUGCACAUCCGAGUUAGGUACCCUUGUCGGGACCUGCUUCCGUUUAAAGACCCUUACAAGUACCCAUGCACCGAGCUCCAUUCACCUGGUAUGGCCAACCUCUACUCCCACCACCUCCUCCGAAGACAUUCGCACUCUACGCACAUCAGCCAUGGGUAAACUCCCUUUCUACACCUACAGCUCCGGCGAUGAAGCUAGCACGCCCAUCACGUCUCGCCGCAAACGUCUCACGGCCGUGGCCCUCAUUGUUCUCCUGUUUUUCUAUGCCAUGACCUUUGGAUGUGCGCGUCCUCCGCCGCCGGUUGUAUCGCUUGAACACCGUGUCGAGCGAAUAUUGAAGGCCACGCCAUUAAUCGACACACAUGUGGACCUCCCGAUCCUCAUACGCGCCAAAUUCCACAACCAGAUCUACGGGAGCAACUUCACGUUCCGCACCGGGCUAGUGGGGGACGUCGACAUUCCCCGGCUCGAGAGUGGCCAUGUCGGUGGGAUGUUCUGGAGCGUAUUCAUGCCAUGUCCCGCGAGCCCUGACGACUUCAGCGAUGCGACGUAUCUCAGCUUAGUCAGGGAGACAUUCCAGCAGAUCGAUCUCGUUCACAGGCUUGUGGAUGAGUACCCCGACGUCCUUGCCUUCGCCACGACGCCCGAGGCGGCGAUGGAAGCCCACCGUAACGGGAAGGUUGCCUCCAUGAUCGGUGUCGAGGGGCUGCAUCAGAUCGGUAACUCGCCGGCUGUAUUGAGGAUGUACCAUCAACUGGGUGUGAGAUAUAUCACGCUUACGCAUGUGUGCAACAAUAAGUACGCGGAUGGUGCGGCGGCUCUUAGUGGGGCUAAAUGGGGCGGGUUGAGUGAUGACGGGGUAAAAAUGGUCCGGGAGAUGAAUCGACUCGGCAUGAUGGUGGAUCUUUCGCAUGUUACAGACGAGACGAUGAGGGACGUCUUGAAAGUGGCAAGAGCGCCAGUUAUUUUCUCGCACUCUUCGGCCUAUGCGAUCUGCCCGCACCCAAGGAACGUUCCCGACGAUGUGCUGCACAAGGUCAAGGCCAACAACGGCGUGGUUCAAGUCAACUUCUACAGUCUAUUUGUCCAUUGCGGCGAAGGGAGGGAUCCAAAGGAUGCUACACUGGCCAUGGUUGCCGAUCAUAUUCAGUACAUUGGAGAGCUGAUUGGGUAUGAGCAUGUCGGCCUUGGGUCAGAUUUCGAUGGUAUCGAUAUGGCGCCGAAGGGUCUGGAGGAUGUAAGCAAGUAUCCGGACCUCUUGAAGGAACUUCUGGCAAGAGGAGUGACGGAUGGCCAGGCGGGGAUGAUCGCUGGUGGAAAUAUUAUCCGUGUGUGGAAGGAUGUGGAGCGUGUUGCUCAGGAAAUGCAGGCCGCGGAGACAGAGAUUUUGGAGGAAGAAUUAGACCCUCUCUGGUGAAUGUUGCAAUUAUAUAUACACACAAUAUAUACACCACCAAUAGGUAGCUCUCAUAGAUCAC